GGGGAGCGAGCGAGCGAGCUCGGGCUGGACUCGAGUCGGCUCGGGCGGCACCGGACGGAGCGAGGGGAGGAGGCGGAGGAGGAGGAGAGCCGAGCGGCGGGGGCGGCCGGGCCACAAACGCGGGCGGGCGGGCGGGCGCGGACCGGAAGAAGGAGGGGGCGACCGGGCCGGCGGGGGGUCCCCGAGCCCCGCCGUCGCGGGCGAGGAGGGGGCGGCUGGCUGGCUGGCGGGGGGGCCGGUCAUGGCGGAGCCCAGCCCCGAAGAUCCGCCUCCGAACCUCAAGCCGGAGACGCAGCCCCCCGAGAAGCGGCGCCGGACCAUCGAGGACUUCAACAAAUUCUGCAGCUUCGUCCUGGCCUACGCCGGCUACAUCCCGCCCCCCGCCAAGGAGGAGAACGACUGGACACCCUCUGGCUCAAACUCCCCCAUCCGUCAGGAGAGUGCGGCGGACAGCGAUGGCUGGGAGUCCACCCACUCAGACCUGCACACCAUUGAGACCUUUGUGAAGAAGGCCAAGUCUUCGAAGAAGAAGGCGGCUUUCCGCCGCCUCAAGUCAGACAGCUCCCUGCUGGAGAAAAUGAAACUGAAGGACUCCCUUUUCGACUUGGACCCGGUGGGCAAGCAGCCGCUCCCACUGGCGGGGCCCAAAGCGGGCGCGGAGAGGAAGAAGGACAAGAGGAACCGCAAAGCUGCCCUGGAGGCCGGGGGGCCCAAACGCAGCCGGGGGGACCCAGGGGGGGAGAAGCGCUCGCGCAUCAAAAAGAGCAAGAAGAGGAAGUUGAAAAAGGCGGAGCGCUCUGAGAAGAAGCAUAAAGCUUCGCUGAGCGAGACGGACUCGGAGGAGGAGGCGGCGGCAGCAGUGGUGGUGAUGCCUCUGGCCGGGGGGCCGGCUCUGCGGCCAGGCAGAGAGGAGGAGGGGGCAGCCACCGCACUGAUGAGCGCGCCGGCCCCCCCGGAGCUCUUGGCGGCUGGCUUCCCCAUUAAGGGUGAGGACACAGAAGGGAAGGAGGGCAUCAGCACGGAGACCAGCCAAGACGGAGACGGCAGUUCCAGCGAAGGGGAGAUGCGAGUGAUGGACGAGGACAUCAUGGUGGAGUCAGGGGACGAUUCGUGGGACCUCAUCACAUGUUACUGCCAGAAGCCAUUUGCUGGCCGACCCAUGAUUGAGUGCAACCAGUGCGGCACCUGGAUCCACCUCUCGUGCGCCAAGAUCAAGAAGACCAACGUUCCCGACAUCUUCUAUUGCCAGAAGUGUAAAGAAGGGUCUCGAAAGCAGCUCCCCCCGUUGCUCCCAGCAGCAGCUCCUGGGGCUGCAGCGGCCAUCGCAUCCAGGGGAGGUGGGGAGACCUAGCCUGUCAGGGGAUGGUGGCUUUAAACCAGACUUCCACCCCAGAGGGACGAAAGACUGGGCGGGGUGGGGCGUCUGUUCUGGAUUGGUAUCCACACGAGCCUUGGUUCAUCAGGGCAUUUGGGCUGGUGAUAGAUCCAGUGUUGAAUGGGAUGGGGUCGUACCCUCACAAAAUCUGCAGAUACUAUCUGGCAGUUACAUGCCUUUCACCUCAGCAACCCCCCCUCCCCCCGAUCCUGGCUCACCUCCCUGUUCUUGGAAGGCAUUGCCAGGCUGAAACCAGUGAGGAGAAUGAAACUGGCCAACCAAGAGGUUCCUAUUUUGUACCUUGGGGUGCGCAAAAUGUUGCAAGGAGAGAAGACAGUAGAAGAGCAGGGGUUAGAAGCGUCUUCAUUUUUCUUCUAGCUCUUUCCGUGCAAAGUUCACUUGUAAAUAGACAGGAAGCAAAGGUUAGGUUCACACACACACCCCACCCUACACUGGGAUUUUGUCUGUUUCAUGUUGGAAAGCUUUUUGUACAACCCCCCCCCCCCCCCCCCCCCCCGUUAAACUCUUUAAAGUAUUUGUCUCAUUCCUCCAGAGACAGGGUUCUUUCUAAGGCACGAGGUGUGCCUCCUGUAAUACACUUAGUUACUAGUUGCAAAAGGAGGAGGGGUUCAGGCAAAAAUAUUACUUAUUUUUAUUAAUCUUUGGGGGGGGGUUGCUCGAUGCCCUGAAAUUUGAUUUUUUUUUAAAAAGGCUCCUGAGGAAGGUUAGGGAAGGAGACAGGAGAGGGGAAAACUGAGUGACAAGAAUUAACCCCUGCAAAGAUAUUGGGGUGUGUGUGUGUGUGAGAAAUAAUCCGGCGGGGGCCAUGCUCUCGAAAUAAGAAGGGGCAACACUUAAAGAGUGUUUUCUGACUUGCCAAUUCUGGAAGAGCAGGGAGGUUAAGUAUUUGGGUUCAGACACGGAGCCAGGCAGCUUUGCAGCAAACGGAGACCGCAGAGCUGCCGCUCUGGAUUGGCAGGCUCCCCACACCAGGCUAGCCCCUGCCCCUUCUGAUGAUGCCCUCCCAGCCGACGGCCCUGCUUGAGGUUAGUCUUUUGAUGGGUGUGGGGGGAGAGGAUUGUUUUUGAGGUCCAAACCCCUGAUCCACGUGUGCUCGGAUAUUCAUAACGGUGUACAUGGCAGAGUUUUUGAAUGUAAAUAAAAGAUGUGGACCCUU